UUCCCGCGGAUUGACUUCAUGGCUUCACUGUACCAGCGUUUCAGCGGGAAGAUCAACACCUCCCGCUCUUUCCCCGUUCCCCCCGAAGCCAGUCGCCUCCUGGGCGCCCAGAGCAGCGAGGAGGACGGCGCUGCCGGCAAGAAUUCGCGUCCAUUGCAAGAGGGAAGCAGCCGGCCCCGCUUCCAGUACCAGUCGCGAAGUGACUGCGAAGAGGAGGAUGAGCUGGUGGGGAGUAAUCCUCCUCAAAGGAACUGGAAAGGAAUUGCCAUUGCCUUACUUGUUAUUCUUGUUAUCUGUUCCCUGAUUGUCACCUCCGUUAUACUCCUGACUCCAGUUGAAGAUAACAGCUUGUCUCAGAAGAAGAAGAUAACAGUGGAAGAUCUCUUCAGUGAUGAUUUCAAAAUUCAUGACCCAGAGGCUAAAUGGAUAACUGAUAAUGAAUUCAUUUAUAGAAACCAGAAUGGCACAGUGAUUCUGAGGAAUGUUGAAACUAACAGUUCAACAAUAUUAAUAGAAAACAAAAAAAUCGUCUCCCUAAAGGCCAUUCGCUAUGAAGUGUCCCCGGACCGGGAAUAUGCACUUUUUGCUUAUAAUGUGGAACCAGUGUAUCAGCAUUCAUAUACGGCAUAUUAUGUCCUCAGCAAAAUACCUCAUGGGGAUCCCCAGAAUUUGGAUCCCCCUGAGGUCAGCAAUGCAAAGCUUCAGUAUGCUGGUUGGGGUCCAAAAGGGCAACAGCUGAUAUUUAUCUUUGAGAAUAACAUCUAUUACUGUGCCCAUGUGGGGAAACAAGCCAUCCGAGUGGUCUCCACAGGAAAGGAAGGUGUUAUUUUCAAUGGGCUCAGCGACUGGCUAUACGAAGAGGAGAUCUUGAAGACUCACAUUGCUCAUUGGUGGUCUCCUGAUGGCACCAGGUUAGCAUAUGCAACAAUUAAUGCCUCCAGAGUCCCCACCAUGGAGAUCCCAGUAUACACCGGCAGCAUUUACCCGACUGUCAAAACAUAUCAUUAUCCAAAGGCUGGCAUGGAAAACCCAACCAUUUCUUUGCAUGUGAUUGGUCUGAAUGGUCCUACCCAUGACCUGGAGAUGACUCCCCCUGAUGAUCAGAGGAUGAGGGAAUACUACAUAACCAUGGUGAAAUGGGCAACCAGCACCAAGGUGGCAGUGAACUGGCUGAACAGGGCCCAGAACGUGUCUAUCCUGACACUGUGUGAUGCCACCACAGGAGUCUGUACGAAGAAACAUGAAGAUGAAAGUGAGGGGUGGCUGCACAGACAGAAUGAAGAGCCAAUUUUUUCCAAGGAUGGACGGAAAUUUUUCUUUGUCCGAGCCAUUCCUCAGGGAGGACGUGGGAAGUUCUACCACAUUGCCAUGUCAUCAUCACAGCCCAAUAGUAGCAAUGAUGAUUUACAGUCUAUUACAUCUGGCGAUUGGGAUGUGACAAAGAUAUUGGCAUAUGAUGAAAAGAGGCAUAAAAUUUAUUUCCACAGCACAGAAGAUUUGCCAAGGAGGAGACAUUUAUACAGCUCAAGCACAAAUGGGAACUUCAAUAGGCAGUGUCUGUCCUGUGAUCUGAUUGAGAACUGCACUUACUUCAGUGCCUCCUUCAGUCGCAAUCUGGAAUAUUUCCUUCUGACAUGUGAAGGUCCCCGGGUCCCAAUGGUGACUGUUCACAACACAACCAAUGCACAGAAAAUUUUUGAGCUGGAGGUAAAUGAAAAUGUGCAGUUGACCAUAAAUGACAGGCAAAUGCCUAAGGUAGAAUACAUGGAAAUCAAGAUAGAUGAUUACAAAUUGCCAAUGCAGAUUUUGAAACCAGCAACCUUUUCAGACACCGCACACUACCCCUUGCUUUUGGUUGUAGAUGGGACACCUGGCAGCCAGAUUGUGACAGAGAGGUUUGAGGUGACGUGGGAAAGUGUCCUGGUCAGCUCUCACAACGCCAUCGUGCUGAAGUUUGAUGGCCGUGGGAGCGGUUUCCAAGGCACUAAGUUACUCCAUGAGGUCAAGAGGAAGCUGGGCGUUUUGGAAGAGAAGGAUCAGUUGGAAGCUGUCGGGACAAUGCUGAAGGAACAUUACAUUGAUAAACUGCGAGUCGGUGUGUUUGGGAAGGAUUAUGGUGGCUACCUGAGCACUUACAUGCUUCCAGCUGGUGAAGAGAACCAGGUGUUUGCCUGUGGAGCUGCCCUAUCCCCAGUGACAGACUUCAAACUAUAUGCUUCAGCCUUUUCUGAAAGAUACUUGGGAUUGCAUGGGAUUGAUAACAGAGCAUACGAGAUCACCAAAUUAGCACACAGACUCUCAUUACUGAAGGAACAGACAUUUUUGAUCAUUCAUGCUACUGCUGAUGAAAAAAUCCAUUUUCAGCACACUGCAGACCUUAUUACACACCUAAUAAUGGCAAAGGCUAAUUACAGCUUGCAGAUAUACCCUGAUGAAAGCCAUUACUUUCACAAUCCAGCACUGGAGCAGCAUUUGUACAACUCCAUUGUCAACUUCUUUGUGGCGUGUUUCCAAGUUCAGGACAAACUCCCAAUAGCCCCACUGAAAGAGGAGGAGGAUGAAGAUUAA